AUGGUCACCGACGCAUCCAUCCGCGAUGAGCGUGGACCCUACGGGCGAGCAAAGGAUGCAAGGGCCAAGCAGGAAGCAACGGAGGAGAGGUGUCCUUUCUGUUCUUGGGAGCUGCAAAAAUGGUGGCCGCACGUGCGGGUGCCCGUCUUCAACGGAGCUGCAGAGGAGGUGCGGCUCUGUCACCUCAAGUGCACCGAGGAGGUGCUGGAGGGUUACCGCAGCGAGGCGAAGAUGACGAUCGAGGCGAACUUUGCCAACAGCCUGCGGGAGUUGCUUGUUCGCAGCCCGAACUUGUUUGCCCGCCGAGCUGCCGCCCGCCUAAGCCUGGAGGAGGAAAGGCUCCAGGAGGCGGCUCGCUCCGAAGGUCGCUGGCCUUUCCCGGCCUUACCGCCCCCACCCAGCGCCACCUUUGCCGUGGAGGGCAUCCUUGAGAUGAGGCUGUCUGCUUCUACACAGUUCGCCAAGCUGCCGAGCGAGAUCGGAUUUGCGCGCUCGCUGGACACACUCUGCCUCAUUUCGAACAGUUUAACAGAGCUUCCUCCAGAGUUGGGCCUCUUGACCGGGCUUACGCACCUGUACCUCAACGGGAACUUCCUUACGGCUUUGCCCGAAUCGGUUGGUGCCCUGCCAAAGCUGCAAGAGCUGUGCCUUGAUGCUAACAAGAUCGAGAGACUGCCCCGAAUGACUUCUCCGAAGCUGGUACUCCUGACCGCGCCGGGCAACAAGAUGAAGGAGGUCCCCCUGGUACCUCACAUGCAUCGGCUCGAGGUUCAUGGGAACCAGAUCCACACCAUCACAACUUCUCUGGGAUCGCCGGUGUUUCACAACCUUGUGACCCUGAAGGUGAUGGGGAACCAGCUAGAACAUUUGCCAGACGAGGUCGCGUACAUGACCAACCUCCGGAUCGUGUCCGUUGCCGAGAAUCGCUUGAAGUCUUUGCCAGAUGGCAUCUCCAGUCUCCAAGGCUGGCUAGCCGCUAGCGAGAACUGCUUGACCGAGUUGUCCAGCGAUGUCAUCACAG